AUGAGUCCCCACAUCAGGAUCGUGGUGAGGGACAGAGAGUUGCUCGCCUCGGCGAUGCCUGUCAAGCCCGUUGCGACCGCCAAGGCGGCUCUGUCGCCGCAGCCACCUCGUUCAAAACGGGGCGACCUGGCUAUGCUCCGGCAGGGUGUUGACAUCGCCUUGGAAUACUUCAAUAGCGAUGACAGCGUGCCUAUCUCAGAGCUGACGCCCAAAGCCAGAGACUGGGCGGACCGCUACGUCAACGGUGAUCCCUACGCAGCAAAGCGGCCGACCGCCCUUCUGCGAACAUUUCCCAACCUUUUCAACUUCGAAGUUGAAGCCCACCUUCGAUUGAGACCUGCGGUGAUGUCUCCGCCGUCUUCACCCGAACCUGAGAGCGCCAGCCCUCGCGGUCUCCGCCGUGCUGAGCGCAGAUUCAUGAACUCGGGGACUUUUCCCGAGUUUGCGGAGCCAACCCUCGCUUCGGAUUCUGAGAUGGACCAGAUUGUCGAUCUUCGGUGCCGCCGCCCUGAGCCCGCGGCCAAGCCGACCAUGCGGGUUGACGCCGCUAUGCUUCGUGGCUCGGGCCUGAUGAGCACGCUCCCCGAGUUCCUCGGUCAGUUGGCGCGCGCCAAUCUUGAGACAGAGACGAUGCUGGCUAACAACCCAGACGCCGUCCGCCUCGAGCUCGACGACGAUCAGGCCGCCUCCCAGCAGCACAUCGAGAUGAAUCUGUUUUCGGGUCUGGUCGAGGCGCAGCGGCGUCGGCGUCAGCCGCGUGUCCUUCUCCCCAACGAUCUCGCCGUCAAGCUCCCCGAUACUACCGGAAAUAGUAGUGAGCACGAGAACAGUGAAGAAGAGGACAGCACUGAAGUCGAGGAGAGCGCCGGCGGCAAGCGCAUCCCCAGUCCCAAGAGUUUCAACGAAGACAGUGGGGACGAAUCCGAUGCCUCGACUUCCACAACCGCCAGCCUACAAACCCACCUCAGAAAGCGCAAGGCAGCCGAGAGCGAGGACGACGGAGGCCCUGAGACCGCCAGCCCGCCCAACAAAACCCGCCUCCAUUACCACUAUCCACCGUCCGAACUCCGCCACUACGACACGAAACGGCGCAAGCUUGUCACCUGUUCCAACCCGGCCGCGGUCCCGGACGACCCGUCCGCCACCCCGAUUGAGGAGCUACCAUCCGACCCCGCCGCAACCAACAAGAACAAUAACGACAACCGCCACAACCACGAGUCCGACAAUUCCAUCACCGUCGCCUCGCGCCCCACCAGCAGCGGAAGCAGCACCAGCAAUAACAGUUCAAGCGCUGCUAGCCGCCGCCCAGUCCCUGUAACUAAGAUCCGACUCCCCAGCCGCAGCCCAGGCGGCUCGCGAUCUGCGUCGCCCGACAGGAUCAUUGUGCUCCGCCACCCGGUCGUGUCGUCGUCCUCGCGGGAGAGUAGCGUCGAGCCGGCGGGGCCGUCGGGUUCGGGCUCGCCUGCUCGAAGGUCCAAGAUCAGGGUGGUGCAGAAGGAGGGGCUGGGUGAGGGGACUCAGGGGAAGAGGAGGCAGUUGAUCGAGGAGGUCGAGUAA